GAGCCAGAGAUUAGAUUCGUUCGGCAGUCGAGAAUGUCUCUUCGAAUGGCGCAGUUGUGCCCUCUGGGGAUGAAGAUCCUUCUUCUCCUCUGCACAGUCCACUUAUGCUGGGGAUAUCACGAGGAGACUCACUAUCCCUGCGCGUUCAUUGACACCGCCAACAUCUCGGGGAGUUAUAUCUCGGAAGGCUCCUACAUCCACAACUGGACAGUGAUUCCACGUCACUUGGUGGCCGCCUACGACUUUGUCAUUGAGAAUGGCAUCCGUAUACCGGCGCCCAUUCACCUCAGAGCCUGUGUCUGUAAGUCGAGGCCGUGCGUAAGGAUUUGCUGUCCCGAGGGGCAGACCUACGACCUGGUGACCAGACAGUGCGAGAUACCAAUACGCCAAUUAUCCAGUCUUCCCUCGGAGAACCACAUGGAAGUGGAGCUGAACAACGGCAGCCUGAGCGAUAUAGAACUAAGGUCACGUUUCAGCAUUCAUGUGGGAACGCCGUGUGAGCACAUGAAGGCGGUAACCAAGGGAUCGGAGUAUGUGCACUGGACUCUGCACGAGAACGGAACGGUGACCCAUCGGGGCCACCUGUUCUCCAAGCACUACUGCUUCACUCCCUUGCUCCUGCUCAAUGGCAACACCUCCUGGGACUGGCAGCCCUUGGCCUGCGCCCCGGAGAAACUACACUUUGUACUGGGCGUGCGGGAAUGGACCUACGCCAUAUGUCUUUUGAUCGCCAUAAUAUCCAUGUUUAUUGUGCUAAUGGUGUACCUGAUGUGCUCCGAGAUGCGCAACAGUUUCUACGGUGUGGCGAUCAAGGCCUACACUAUUUGUAUGAUCAUGGGCUAUGCCCCCCUGGCCUACCUAACUCUGCACAAUCCGGCGAAUCUCUCGAAUGCGGCCUGUAGGAUCUUACCCAGCUUAACUCUCAUGUAUCUGGUUCUCUCCUUCUACAUCCUGAGCUUCAUUGCCUUCAAGCUCUACCUCAGCUUCCAUGGCGUUGUUUUCACCAAACUCAUGUUCUGGCUGAUCUUCACACCGAUUGUGUUGAUUGCCAUUGGUUGGUCCUUCUUCGUGGGCUUCAGUUACUACGGCUCAAGGCUGAUCUUUGGCGGCGAUACUUGCUGGUUUGAUCCGCGCAACUGGUCUAUUAUGGUGUACCUGUACGCCCCCGUCUUUGUGGCCUGCGCCAUCAGUGGCUUCUUCUACAUCCUCAGCCUGAUCUACAUCAGCGAAGAGCCCGAAAUCGAGACCGAGAAGAGCUUCGAGUCCAUUGAGAAGAAUCGCUUCAGAUCCUUUUGGAAGUAUUUCGGCUAUACGGCGCUCGUGUGGUUUGUUUGCGUCUGCUCUUUUGCCUUCAAUUAUUACCGGGAGGAGCGGUCGCACCUCAACUAUGCCGUCAGCUUCUGCAUGGCCUUUCAUGGAUUUGCGGCACUCUACGCGUUGAUUGGGAAGAAUCAACAGAUCCAGAACUUUCUGCGACGCAUUGAUAACGAGGAAGAUACCUGCGAAAACUCCGUUCCCCUGUCGAGUUUUGGUUAAAAUUUACCAAAGUUUUACAACAAGUGGAAGCAAUAUUAGUCACGACGACAACCCAAUGAGCAAUUUUCAACUCAGCCAAGGCACAAACCUGAUGUGUUUGACGUGGAAACUAAACUUAAAUUUACGUAUAAAAUGUCUGUCCAAACUAUGUCUGUAUAAUCAACAAAUACUCUAUUAUACACGAAGAGUUCACGUAAUUUCAUGCAGAUAAUUUUUCGUACCAAAAAUAUACUCUUUAA